AUGCACCAUCCCAACCGUCACGUUGCUGCGCUGCUCGUACACGAUGAUUAUGUAAAUGAAUUUCGUACACAAUUAGAACGCUUUAAAGUGAUCCUUAAAGACGGUUUUGAUCUUUGCGACCCCAAGGUCCUAGGCAAUCCCAAGUAUACCGACCUUUCUUCUGACGAAAGAGCUAACUAUACUACCAUGCAUCAUAGUGACUGCAUGGCACGUACCCUAAGGUAUUCGCGCUCUUAUCAAAAAUGGAUCAGUAAGGCACUUCUACAAGAUACCUUACCCAGUAAAUCUAGUACUUUCAUCCAAGCUGUUGAUCUUUUCACUGAAGAUGCCGACAUGGACAAUGCUGGCGAUUUGUUUCAUGACCUCAAUAGCACAGAUGCCGAUACUACAAAGGAUACUAACACCAUAGAUAGUCCUGCAUCCUUAUGA